GGAUCCGGCAGCACUAUAAAUUCCAACCAGCUUCCUCGUCCCUCCUCCCAGGAUUGAUUUGUGAUUGCCUCGUCUUCACGAACAAGAAGAAGAAAGGAAACCUUCCCGAGCGAAACACACAGAGAGAGAUCCCGAGGUCAACACCCCAAGAUCCCAGAGUUCAUCAGCGGCUUUCUUUUCGUGUUGAUCUUGGAGCGGAAUCGCGCAUUUUCGAUUUCGUCGGGAUCAUGGUGGCGGCGGUCGAGGCGGCGGCGGAGCAGGUGGUAGCGCAGCUCCGGGAGGACUGCGCGACGCCGGUGGCGCGGCUGGAUGGCGUGGCCGCGGCGAUGGAGGAGGAGAUGAGGGCGGGGCUGCGCGAGGAGGGCGGCAGCAAGAUCAAGAUGAUCGUCUCCUACGUCGACAACCUCCCCAACGGGAGUGAAGAGGGCUUGUUCUACGCGCUGGACCUCGGAGGAACCAACUUCCGUGUCCUGCGCGUGCAGCUCGCAGGCAAGGACAAGCGCGUCAUCAAGCGCGAUUCCAGGGAGGUCUCUAUUCCUCCUCAUCUCAUGUCAGGCAGCGCCGCGGAGCUUUUUGGCUUCAUUGCCUCCGCGGUAGCAAAGUACGUUGCAGAUGAAGGGGUUAACAAAGCAUUGGGCGGCAAGCAGAGGGAGCUGGGGUUCACCUUCUCUUUCCCCGUCAGGCAGACGUCCAUCACAUCUGGCACCCUCAUCAAGUGGACCAAGGCGUUUGCGGUAGAUGAUGCGGUUGGUGAAGAUGUAGUAGCCGAAUUGCAGAUGGCCAUGGAGAAGGAAGGCGUGGACAUGCGCGUCGCUGCAUUGAUCAAUGAUACUGUCGGGACACUGGCUGCGGGCAGCUACAACGAUGAAGAUGCUGUAAUCGGCGUGAUAUUAGGUACUGGCUCAAAUGCCGCAUAUGUGGAAAAGGCAAGCGACAUACCGAAGUUAGAAGGAGAGUUACCAAAAUCAGGAAAAAUGGUUAUAAAUACGGAAUGGGGUAACUUCUCUUCGUCCUGCCUUCCGAUUACAGAAUAUGAUCAAGCAUUAGAUGAGGAGAGCCUAAACCCCGGCGAGCAGAUCUUCGAGAAGUUAAUUUCUGGAUUGUAUCUAGGCGAAAUCGUGAGGAGGGUGCUUCUUAAGAUCGCUACACAGUGUUCGAUAUUCGGCGAUGUCAGCCGCACCAAGCUCACAACUCACUUCAAUCUGAGGACUCCUGACAUAUCUGCAAUGCACCACGAUGAAACACCUGAUCUGAGGAUUGUGGCCGAAAAACUGGCUGGACAUCUGAAGAUCGCAAAUACGACCUUGGAGACACGUAAGAUGGUGGUCGAGAUCUGCGACAUCGUGACCCGCCGGUCCGCUAGGCUGGCUGCAGCAGGGAUUGUGGGGAUCAUGAGGAAGAUCGGGAGGGCCACCCCAGGCAACAACAGCAGGACGGUCAUUGCAAUCGAUGGCGGGCUGUUCGAGCAUUAUGCCAAGUUCAGGCAGUACCUGGAGAGCACUCUAGCCGAGCUGCUGGGAGAGGAGGCAUCGAAGUCUGUUUCAGUCAAGCUCACGAAAGAUGGGUCGGGGCUCGGAGCUGCCCUCAUCGCAGCCGCUCACUCCCAGUACGCCAAGUGAUCAGAUUUUAGCUUCUGUCGGUGGCACUUGUUGUUCCUGUUGUUUAAGUGUAGUGUGCAUUGCAAACAAGCCUGAUAGUUCUCUAUCAAACGAAUGUAUCAGGGCUCUGUACCACACGAGCGAUCAAUGAAAAUGGGCUUUAUAUUUGUUA